UUCUUUACAAUAUGUGGUCAUUAUUGCUCCAAGUGAUACGAUUACACAAUAAAAUGAAGAUUAUAUUUGUUCUCCUACAAAUAUCAUUGAUUUCAACUAGUUUCCUAAAUGAAACAUAUAAAAUUAAAUCUUUAUUAAACAAAUAUAAGAAUUCUUUGCAAUGUAAUAGAAUUAAAAGAUGUACAGAUUUAGACAAGAGUUUGGACGCAUUUGUUGAGAAGACAGUAAAUUUUUUCGGCAAAUCUCAAAGAUUCGGUGAAGUGCUAAGUUAUAUGAAUGUUAGUGAGUGUGUCAAAAGUGAUGGUGUUUUAGAAGAUUCCAGCUACAUAAAGAGACACAUUUUGGACGGAUUGUUACUGGAGCAUAAUGUUUCUGAAUCACAUUGGCAUGAAUAUAAGUCUGUAUACAAUAAAAAGUAUCCGACACAACGCCACGAGAUGGCAGCACAAUCAAACUGGCUGGAAAACUUGCGUCGAGUGGCGGAGCACAACAGGCGAUAUUUGGCUGGAGAACUGAGCUACUCACUGCAUUUAAAUCAUUUUGGAGAUUUAGGCGUAACGGAAUAUUUCAAGAAAAUACUCAAGCUGUUUGACACUAUACCACUAUUCGACUCUGCCGAGGAUCGCCGCAAAACUACUUAUAGAAACAUUAUCCAUCGGAAAACGCCUCUGAAGGUGGACUGGCGCAGUAAGGGGUUUAAGCCUCGCUUGGAGGAGCAACACAAAUGUGGCGCUUGUUACGCGUUCGCUGUGGCACACGCCGUACAAGCUCAGCUGUAUAAGAGGCAUGGAGACUGGAGUGAACUGAGUCCCCAACAGAUAGUGGACUGCAGCAUUGUAGACGGUAACAUGGGCUGCGACGGGGGCUCCCUGCGCGCGGCGCUCCGGUACGUGGCCAGGGAAGGCCUGCUCAUGGAGCGACACUACCCCUACACUGGAAAGCGUGGUCGUUGUCGCAUAUCCGCACAUAGAGGAAACGUGCGCCCGCGCAGGUGGGCGAUGUUACCUGCAGGAGACGAAGAAGGCAUGGAGCGUGCGCUAGCCACAAUAGGCCCGCUGCCCGUCGGCAUCAACGCUUCGCCUUUUACUUUUCAACUUUACAGAAGCGGUAUUUACGAUGACCCAUUUUGCUUUCCCUGGACGCUGAACCAUGCCAUGUUGCUAGUGGGAUAUACGCCAGACUACUGGGUGCUGCUCAACUGGUGGGGCAAGAAGUGGGGGGAGGGGGGUUACAUGAGAAUAAGAAGAGGCUCAAACAGAUGUGGUGUAGCGAAUAUGGCUGCUUAUGUAGAAUUAUAAAUGACAAUGAAAUAUAUAAUUUGUAAACAACGAAGUGAUCUUAUAAGCGUUUCGUUUACCCCCUUUUAUCUAAAGAACCCUAAAAAAUUCACUAAACUGUAAAGAUAAAUUAGAUAGAUGCAUUUAAUGCCUAAAAUCUAUUAACAAAGCCUUUGCCCGGACUGAACACUGCACUCACGUUGCGGACGUUUAGUUAAAUUUGACAUUCAAUUGAAGGCCCACUCCAUUCGGUCGUUUAAUUAAAUGGUCAGUCGGAAAUUGGUUAAUUAUUUAACAACGGGCUUCAUUUAUACUUAGCCAAACCAAUAUGGACGCAUAUGUGUUCAAAUUGAAUAGUAAGUAAAAGACUUUGAAAGCACGUUGCACGUUAUCAGAAAGGAGAACGACAUUUUAAGAAGAUUAAUGAAUUUUAUGGGAAAAGACGUAGGAGAAGGCCGAAUAAGUUUUAAAUUUAAAUUUCAAUAUCGCGUUUACGGGAACAGUUGUUUUUUCGAGAUGAAAAGUACCCUAUGUUCUCCAUACUUCAAACUACAUGUAUGCAAAAUUUCAAGAAGAUUGGUUGAGUAGAGCGUGAAGAGGUAACAAACAAACAAACUUACUUUCACAUUUAUAACUGACUAGCUGCGCCCCGGGGCUUCGCUCCCGUGGGAAUUUCUGGAUAAAAAGUACCCUAUGUGUUAUUUGAGGUUAUUUUCUACCCGUGUACCAAAUUUCAUAACAAUCUUCCAAUAGAUAAUGCGUGAAGAGGUAACAAACAAACUUACGCAUUUAUAAUAAUAAUUGGAAUUGAGUUAAUUUAAUUUUAAUAAUUUCAGUAAUUAAUGAUAUUGUAAUAACAUAGAGCAUAAGACAACCUGUUACUAAUAUUAUAUGACA